GAAAUUGUUGCCGAUCUGUUGUAAGAAAUUGUUACAAAGUUCGAGGUGAUGUAAGAGAUGUGACCAAAAGUAUCCUGAAAGGCGAUUUUCAAAAACGGAUGGGGAAAACAUACGGCACUGUGUUUCUAAGAAAAAAACCCACAGUAACGCUCCGUUUCCACCCUUCUGAGAAACCGUAGCCGUGGAAACCGCAGUAAACACGAACCGGUGACUUUUCCCGUCGUGACUGUGGGAUGUGAAGGACAUUUUAAGGACAAACAUGGAUGACAAUGCAGAUGUACUAAACAAGGAAGCGUCUACGAUCAUCGAACUUGCGCUGCAAAAUGCGCAGAACUACCUCCUUCACAAGCAAAUAACUGAAAACGACUGCACGGAUUAUGAAAUAAAGAAUAUUAACUGGACUGCCUGCAAGGAUUUCACGAUAGAGCUCGGAAAGAAACAAAUUGAAGAAUAUAUGUCUACGUGGGAAAUGCAUCCCCGCUGGCUUUACAGCUUGGAAUUUCUCCAGGAAAAGGACCUGGAAUUCCACAGACAGUAUCACUACAGGGUGCAGUGGAGCAUCCCCACAAGGAGGAGACCUAUCCCGCAGGCUACAGCUUGCGUCUACUUCAUCAUCUCGACUUCCAAGAUCAAACCACAGACCUUGCCUGUAGAAGUGUAUUUUCUUGUGGAAUCAAACCAGUUGCAACACAGGCCUGGAAAAACAAGGUUUAGGGAAAAAUGGCUGAAGGAUGUAAUUGAAAGCAAGACCCUUCUACAGGAAUCUAUCGACUUCUAAUAGUAUUUUAUGAAUACAAAAAUAAGCAUUUUCCUAUUCAGCACAGGGUAAUGCAUCCAUUCUUAAAUAAAGAUGUGACAUUGA